AUGCCAAGGAUAAAGAUGCGGCAGUCUGUGCUGAAGUUUCUAGUGCAAGCUUUUGAUCUUGAAACCAAUACAUUUGGGUUAAAUGAGGGAAAGGACCAUAUUUCCCUAGGAGGCAAAGAAAUCUACGCAUUAUUUGGUUUAGAGGACAAAGUUUUGAAUGCUGUGGCCAUAAUUGCUCAAGAAGGCAAAGAAGCGCAGGGACGGAUACCACCUGACUGGCUCGAUCCGUCAACAGAGAAUCUCUUAAUUGAUGAUUUAAUAAUGGAUGUUGAGCUUCGUGGUGGCUCGGAUGACGAUUUUGUACGCAAGGCCAUCAUGGUGCUUCUCGCCACAGUACUUGCACCGUACUCUAGUACGGUAAUUUCACAGCCGAUGUAUGCAUUGGUAGAAGACCUCGAUCGAGCUAGGAAGAUAAACUGGAACUCAUUCACUCUGGAGUACACCUUGGAGGGCUUAAGGCAGUGUAAAGGUGGACGAGUAAUGAGGCAGUGGCCAAAAGGAAACAUGGAGGCAUUACAGUACAUGUAUUGGGAGAAGGUGCAACCUCCUGGUGCACCAGCCUUUAACCCACUGGUAUGUAUGUACCCAUUGAUGAAGAACUGGACCGAAGUAGAAGGGAAGAAGAGAGACGCCUCCGACGCGCAAUAUGGCCGUGGGAAGGGAAAUAUUGACAAUGAUAUUACUGCGGAGCAUAGACUCUCAAAAAUAAACAUAGGAAAUAGUGUUGGGAGAAAAACAUCCAUUUCAAGGAAGGCCACAAAAGCUCCUGCGAAAAACCCCCCUUACAUGGAGCAACUUUUGGAAAGGGUUAAUCGCAUGUCUGGGGAGCUUACUCUUGUCCGUAAGCAGAUUGCAACUAUAACAGAUUCAUGCGCAGAGAGAGUUAUUGCAAAGUUAAAUCAGGAGGGGAUCAUUUAUAGACGUGAGAACAAAGGCACGUCUGAAGGGGACAAGGAAAGCGAGAGCAUCUAUAAGGGAGUUUAUCCAUCAAAGUACUUCACAUCAGUUCAGAAGGACGAGGAUGUUGACGACGAUGUUGUUAACGAGGACGAGCUAGACAAUGCAAAUGGCAGCACACCUGCACCACCUGUUGCACGCAAAUUAAUGGUCGAUGAUCCUCAACCAUCUGUACUGUUUAAUUGCAGCAAGGGUGACAAAAAAAAUCCUAUCGAAAUUACAAAUGAUGUUCCUGCUCGAUCGUCAUCCUCAUUAUCGUUUGGAGCAUUUGUAUCUGCAAAGCCAAAUGAACCUCACAAGCGGAAGCGCAUGCCAUCCGCAAAGGUCCGGUCCCCUUACUUGUCUGAAAAAAUGGCAAACAAGCGUCAAAUCCGAGAUGAGAAAAAUUCUGAGGGUAACUUCCAUUCACUAGAUGCACUACUUCAGGUUAAUGAUUUGACUGAAGAUCACGUCGAAGCUGCCGUGUCACUUGUAAAAGAACUAUCAAAGCGCUCCCGACGCCGCAACAAAAAAGUUUACUCUUGUGAAGGACUCGUGCUGACUGCCCACCAUGUUGCAUCUAUUAUAACCCAUGACUGGUUGAUGGGCGAUGUCAUCAAUGCUUACGUGCGACACUUGUCUCGUCGUGUUCCAGAUGAUCAUGUCCUGUCCACCACAUGGAGGUCGACGCAUCUCAUAGAAGGGAAGAUGAGGGGUAGAGAUUAUUUUCCACCCGGUCACCCCCAGAUCGAAAUAGAGAAGGAUCGAGCCAUUCACAGAUGCAUGGACGAGUAUUUCCAUAAACCGAAGUACUAUCUCGCAGUAAACGUUAAUGGCAAUCAUUGGGUCACCGUCGUGAUGUAUGUACCCAAGAAGGAAUUUCAAGUAUUAGAUUCCCUCUAUGUUCUUCGCAGUUACAUACAUGUCAUUGAAGCAUUGAGGACCGAAAUUGCUUAUGACAUAGCAAAAGCAGAUCAUGGUUUUCCUGAUCCUUCGAACUGGCCUAUAAAACAAUACAAAAUGGCAAGACAAAAGGAUGGAAACUCAUGUGGACUUUGGGUCCUAAAAUGUAUGGAAGAAUGGGAUGGAGAUGAAUUUAGAACCACUAUUACACAGACACUCGUUGACUCUACCAGAGAAGUUAUGGUUGGUGAAAUAAUUUUUUCACCUAGUAACGAGCUGGAUAGGAUCAAAGAUAAACUACUCAACCCCAAUGGCGAGGAAGAUGAUGCUUAG